AAGAGGCCCUGCGCGCUUUCCACGCCAGCUUCGGCCUCAGUGCGCGAGCAACGGCGUCGCCUUGGAGCGAGGAUGGAGAGCGGCGACGAGGUACCAAUCGAGAGGCACCGCGUCCACUUGCGCCCCGCCACGCUGCGCGACGCCGCCCCCGCCACACUGCACCUGCUGCCCUGCGAGGUCGCGAUGGACGGGCCCGCCCCGGUGGGGCGCUUCUUCACGCCCGCCAUCUGCCAGGGCCCUGAGGGACUCGAAGUCUCGUUUCGGGGCCGCUGUCUGCGGGGCGAGGAGGUGGCGGUGCCGCCCGGCGUCGUGGGAUACGUAAUGGUGACGGAAGAGGAGGGAUUGAUGGGGAACCCGGAUCCCUCGCGGGAUUCUGGGACUUACGACCAAGAAGAGGAGCCGCUGGAGCGGGACUUCGACCGCUUCAUCGGAGCCACUGCCAGCUUCACCCGCUUCACCCUGUGGGGCCUGGAGACCAUCCCUGGCCCGGAUGCCAAAGUGCGUGGGGCCUUAACUUGGCCCAGCCUCGCGGCAGCGUGUGCUGAGCACAGUGGAGGGUGUGAGGGCACUGAGAGGAACAGCUGCAACAACCACAAGGGAGACCAAAAGCUGGUGAAGGCUUACAGGCAGGGGAUGCAGAGAAAAUGGCUCAGGGGAAGAAAGUGCCUCCAAUUUUCCUUUGCCAUCCCAGGCUUGGUGUCUGGGCAGUGAGGAAGGAAGUAAGGACUGAUUCCCGUCUCAGAUCCAGGCCUGAGGAGGCUUGAAUUCUCAGUCAAAUCAGUCCUUCUACCUGGGAUCUUGGAAGUGUGAGCUGCUCUAAGACCUGUGUGGCCUGACUGGGUGGUUGUGAGGAUGCAAGGAGAGAAGGUGCAUCAAGGUGCUUCCUAAGACGGGGAGACCAUUCCUGAGAGCCAGUGUAACUGACCCUGACAGUGGCUCGCUCCCUCUGACUCGUGCAGACAGGUGAGCACUGGGAAGCAGUGAGAUCCUCAGACCCUGCAUAGCCCUGAGUGGCUUCACAUCUCUU